AUGUAGGAGGGCAAAAUAGGAAUAGUGGAUGAAGUUGGGGUGGGUGGUGAACAGAGUUUCUAUAGGGAUAUCAUACCUUUGGAGGGUUUUUACUUUUUGGCAUUUGUGAAUUAAACGAGAGAAAAUCGUAAUCAGAGAUGCCGUGCCUGAAUCUGUCAACAAAUGUCAGCUUGGAGGGCGUUGAUACCUCCGCCAUCCUCUCCGAAGCCACCUCCACCGUCGCCGAACUCAUCGGCAAACCCAAAGCCUAUGUGAUGAUCGUUCUGAAGGGAUCUGUGCCGAUGGCUUUUGGUGGUAGCGAGCAGCCAGCGGCGUAUGGUGAGCUGGUGUCCAUCGGAGGUCUGAAUCCCGAUGUAAACAAGAAAAUAAGUGCUGCAGUUGCUGAGAUUCUUAGCUCCAAGCUCUCUGUUCCCAAAUCACGAUUCUUCCUCAAAUUUUUCGACUCAGAUAGGUCUUUCUUUGGAUGGAAUGGAUCAACCUUCUAGGCUAUGGUGCUAUGUGUAUGUUUAUGGGUUGGUUGGUUGGAUCACAGAUGAAGCAUCAAAAUCGAACUUAUUAGUAUGGGACUAUGGAUAUCAUAUCAUAUUAUUAUUACUAGUGUUUGAAAUGUCAAAACAUUGAAAGCUUAUAAUCCAAGCACUUUCUCUUAAUGCCUCAUAUCGAUGAUGUUUGUCUGGGU